AUGGUUUCGUUUGACAGAUGGAGAAAUAGUCGUUGUCGCAGUCAUCCGCAAACCACGCAGUUACGUCAGAUAGAUUUUUCGUAGCUCAUAAGCACUAUAGAGUCACGAAGGCUCUCUUAUCUUCGACGAUUUUGCCAAGUACCAUUGGGUGUAGUGGGCUGUCUGCUUGCGAUAUGUGCGUCCCGGUAUGAGUGGUGCAUCCUCUGUAGCCUUGACAAGGGUAACGUAACUUCUCCCGGAAUUCUCACGGCCUGCGGCAGUGGUUCCGCGGCGACUCUCCGUACCUUCCAUUCGACCAUGCUCUACAACUUUUGCACCUUGGGUGUACGUCAGCUGACCCCGUCUAGGGCUCUUAUUACGUUCUAUCUUGGCCGUUUUCCGACCCGACAGUAUCCCUUGUACAAACCAUAA